AGGCAAGGGCAUGCCCAGGGCUAUGUUGCAUGUCGAGUCCAUUUCCAGCCAUGCAAGAUCUCUGACUGUUCUUUAAGUACCGCUUUGGCCAAAAGAAAAGGAAAAGCCCAGCAUCAUCUGUUGGGAUGCUAAGAGAACACAGCCCCAUCCUGCUUCACCUCGUCCCCAAAGGCAGAAUGUGUUCUUCGAGGUUGUGAUCCACAGCAAUUAAAACCCAACAUUGGGGCAAGGCCAUCACAAAAUGGCAUCCAAAGAAGAAUCCACCACAUCGUCACCCUUGUUGAACCUUCAUUUCCGGGAUACGCUUGACCAACGGCAGGGGAUCAAAAUGGAGGUGCAGAACCCAGCUGACGCCAACACACAUGAGAUCCAGGCUGUGUGCAUUGGUGAGUCCCUGGGGUGGGCAGCCGCACCACAGGUCAAGGAGGAACCAGAAAAAGUGGAUUGGGAAGUCCAAGAGAAGCAUGUGUUCUUAAAGGUGCCAGAGUCCUCUCGUUCAGUAUGGGGGAACCAGCCACUGAUAGGACCCAACCCUUGGGAAGAAACAAAAGAUUUCCCAGCAUCCUUCAAGGACAUGGCCAAUACUUGCAAAUGGUUGACAGGGGAGUGGAGGAACCAGCAGGUACCCAACCUCGGAGGGGAAAGACAUUGGGUUUCUAGAGGGUCAAAUGGUGUCAGAAUGAGAAAGGACCCUGAAAAAGGGAAGGACACCGCUUUCCUGCAGCAAUCGGAGGGCGCAGAGGCUCAACGCCAGCAAUUCCGGUGUUUCUCGUGCCCAGAAGUUGGAGGGUUACGUGAAGUUUAUGGCCAGCUCCGGGACCUCUGCCAUCGUUGGCUGAAGCCAGAGCAGCGCAGCAAGGAGCAGAUUCUGGAGCUGGUGAUUCUGGAGCAGUUCCUGACAGUCCUGCCCAAAGAAGUGCAAAGCUGGGUCAGGCGACAAGACCCAGAAAACUGUACUCACGUGAUCUUGUUGGCGGAGGAUUUCCUAAGAAGACAGCGAGAAGCCAAAGAGUGGGAGCAGGAGCAGGAUCUGAUGCCCAUUGUGGAGGUGACAGUGGAUUCCCCCAAUGGGGAGCAAGUUUCAUCAGACACCUGGCAGAGAUCCCUCCUCAAGGAGAUCAAGCAGGAAGGGAAAGGUGACUGCCUGAUCUCUGAGAACAAGGAAGAAGAUGGGCAGCAGCGAUGUCCGGAGGCUGUGGAAUUAUACCGGAUGUUCCCUGUGGAAUCCCAAAGGCCCAUCAUGCUGAGAUGUGAAACCUUUGAAGAAGGUUGCAGGUUGAAGAAGCUCCAUGAACAGCCACCAGUAAUGAUUUGGGGCGAACCUGCCAUGUGUGUGGAAGCCAAAAGGCCCAUUCCAGAUGCGAUGCUCCCCAGGAGCGGGAUCAAGCACCUGUGCCCAGAAUGCGGGCGGACUUUUCAGCACAAAUCAACUUUGAUUCGUCACCAGAAGAUCCACACAGGUGAAAGGCCCCACGUGUGCCUGGAAUGUGGGAAAAGUUUCCGCCGCAGUGACAAGCUGAUUCGGCACCAGCGGAUCCACACAGGCCAGAAACCUCACAAAUGUCCCGAAUGCGGGAAGAGCUUCCGGGAGAGAGGAAAGCUGGUCAAUCAUCAUAGGAUUCAUACGGGAGAGAAGCCCUACAUUUGCCCCAUGUGUGAGAAGACAUACCGGUGGAAAGAAGAGUUUGUCAAGCACUUGCGAAUUCACACAGGGGAGAGACCUUACGCCUGCCUCCAGUGCGGAAAGGCCUUCAUCAGCAAGGCCCAUCUGGUUUCCCACCAUCGAAUCCAUACUGGGGAAAAGCCGUAUGAAUGCUCAGUGUGCGGGAAAGGUUUCAGCACGAGAGCUUAUUUAAUCACCCAUGAGAGGAUCCACACCGGGGAGAAGCCCUACCAAUGUACAGAUUGUGGGAAGAGCUUUUGUGACAAUUCAAACUUGAUUGUCCACAAGAGGACCCACACGGGGGAACGGCCGUACAAGUGCACAGAUUGUGGGAAGAGUUUCCGGGAGAGGCCAGUCCUUAUCCGACACCAGAGAAUCCACACGGGGGAGAAACCAUACAAAUGCCGGGACUGUGGGAAAAGCUUCAGCCAGAGCUCAGGCCUCCUGGUGCAUGAACGGACCCACACGCGUGAGAAGCCAUACACUUGCACGGACUGCGGAAAGAGUUUUGGCGGCAACUCGAAUUUGAGGGUCCACAUGAGGAUCCACACAGGGGAGAAGCCCUUCAGAUGCUCAGAAUGUGGGAAGAUUUUCAGUGACAGAUCACUUCUGGUUAGGCAUCAGAGCACCCAUCAGGAGGGAAAAUGUUAAAAACCAAAUCAAACCUGGACUUGUUAUCUUAGUAGAAACUGUGAUGGUAUUUCAGUGUUGUCUAUAGCUCUAAACUUUUGACACACACAUAUAGUGUAAUCCUGUGCAUAUCUAUUCAGAAGUAAGCCCCAUGGCUUUAAGUGGGUUUUAUCCCAAGUAUGUGUAGCAUGCAGUCACAGCCAAGAGACCCAGACUAAUUAUUAUGAAGGUUAGAAAAGCUAGAAUAUAUAUCUCUAUUUAUAAUGAGGUGGGCAGAUGCAGCCCAUGGGCCAAAGACAGCCCCAGGACCAUUUUUGUGGAUUCCGGGGUGCAGGGGGCAUAUUAAAUAUUUAAACAUGGCUUUCGUGCACCCUCCUAACCUUCUCUUCUCCAGGCUAAAUAUACCCAGCUCCCUAAGCCAUAGCACACAGGGCAUAGUUUCCAGACCUUCUGGACACUCUCCAGCUUGUCAGUAUCCUUCUUGAAAUGUAGUGCCCAGAACUGGACACAGUAUUUCAGGUGAGCCCUGACCAAAGCAGAAUAAGAGUGGCACUAUUACUUGCCUCAACCUAAACACUACACACUUAUUGAUGCAGCCUAGAAUCACAUUAGCUUUUUUAGCUGCUGCAUCACACCGUUGACUCACAUUCAGCUUGUGGUCUACUAAAAAUCCCAGAUCCUUUUCACAUGUACAGGUACUGUUGCCAAGCCAGGUUUGCACCAUCCUAUCUCUAAGCCUUUAAUUUUUUCCCCUCUUGAGUGCACUACCUUACAUUUUCCCCUGUUGAACUUCAGUUUGUUAGUUCAAAAGAUCGUUUUGAACUUUGGACCUCUCUUCUGGGGUAAAAGGAGGCCCUCUAUUCUACCAUCCAAAUAACUGAUAAAGACAUUGAAUAGCACUCGGUCCAGGACAGACCCCUGUGGCACCCCACUAAACAGAAGUGGCCUUUUUUUGAAAACAAGUGAAUAGGAAGUGAUUCCUGGCUCACUUUUGUUAUAACAAAGCCUCUCCUGGGCCUAAAAUGGCGGGGGGCAGGGAGAAGAACUAUGACAAAAAUGUUCCCCUCCAUAGAGGUAAUUGGAGAGUAGUUUGGAGCUAAUAAUUUAUUUUGCAUUUUUUGGCGGGAGCACAGUCGUCUAAGGUCUCCUCACCAUUGACAAUUACUCACUCCAAUCUAUAGAUAUAGGUAUAUAAGUGUGUAUGUGUAUACAUCUGUAUUUAUCCCUUUUUUAACAGGGAAUGUGAAUGAUAAUGCCAAAUUGGUCGAGGUACUCCCCUAAAAUAUUGAAACCAAAACCAUCUUUCUGGCUUCCUGAUGUUCAGCCACCCCACCUCACCCACCUCCUUCCAAGUAUAUGUAUUUUCUAUAGUUGUGAGGAUUAGAAAUGUGUUUUUUAUAUAUAUGUAAACUUUGGGCACUGAAUUUUACAGCCAGUAUCUCAUGCCGUGUUUUUUGUUUCUGUGCCAAAUUGCAAUAUACAUCUCUUUUUUAAAAAAAAAUGCUGCUGCCCAUCAUCCUACAAGAUGGGAAUUUGUCCAUUAGGACGACCCAGGAUUGAAUUCUGAAUUUUGUGGGGUCCAAGGGCUCCAUUCCCCUCAGUGGACAUUUCCAAGCAUUUCGAUGCAAAGAAAAAAAAUGGAAAUAUUUUUUGACCCUGGGACUGAGGGCACUAAAUGUAAAGAGAGAGAGAGAGAAAGAAAGAAAAGAAAAGAAA